CCGGGUGGUAGCGCCUAGUGAAGGCGCUCCGCUGCUUUCGGGCUGAGCGCAAAAGAGGCACGAUUUUACAGCGGCCGCAAUUCGCCGGCUAUUAUAUAUAGCUGGUGUGCAGGGAGACGAAGUGCAGACAGGUGCCUGGUUAUCUUAAAAGUUAUUUUCUUCUGCAAAGUUGCGGACACGCUGAAUUUGAAAAAUAUUUAGCUAGAUACAUAAUAAUAUUUCCGUUUCUGUAACUACUAAUUGUAAAAAAAUAAUAUAUUUAGAAGUGGUAAAGUAAAAGUAGACAUUUUAAGUAUUUGUAAUUUUUAUAAUGAAAAGGUUUUCACCAAAGCCUCUUCAUAAUAUUGCUAAACAUGCUUCAAAGUCUUCGGUGACUGUCGUGGAGCAAGUUGGUAUGAUCUCCCAGAAGAGCCCGGAGACCAAAGCCUUCACCAGCUUCGCACCAGUCGGCGAGGAGCCCCAGGAGAGCGACGUGCGCAACGCGCACCAGCAGGACCAAGCGCUAAAUGUUGCUCUCCCGAGGGUUCGGCCUCCACACCCACUUGGUUAUGAGAACUUUGCUUAUGACGCUGGCAGCCAGAGAGAGGUGUACCCACAGGCCACCUGUACUGUCCAUUGCACCAUCCGCAUCAUGGGCACCAGGGACCCGACCUGCUCCCGCAUCCUGGAGACCCGGCUCAGCUGCCUGCCAGGCUUGGUGGCUGCCCAGGUGAAUUUUGAAGCUGGUCGUGCUUGGGUAGAGUUUGACCCUAUAGCUCUUACCAUCAAGGAAAUCUGCCAUGAAAUCCAACAAAUGGGUUUUGGCGCCACAGAGGAAGAGGAGGAGGAGGAAGAAGUGGGCCUGGUAAAAAUCUUGGUGGGGGGCAUGACGUGCACAUCCUGCGUGAGCACCAUCGAGGGCAGGCUGGGCCAGCAGCUGGGUGUACGAGGUGUCAGUGUGUCUCUGAGUAACGGGGAGGCCGUAGUGGCCUUUUCUCGCACCCUGCUCCUUCCCGAGCAUCUGAGGAGCCUAAUUGAAGAGAUGGGCUUCUCUGCCAGCCUGGCCAGCAAGGAGGCAGACCAAGGCGCAGGGGAGAGGAAGCCCUCUCUGUCUUCCCUCAGAACCUUCAGCCAACAGCCCUGGUCAGCAGUCACCAUUGCUAUUACAGGCAUGACUUGUGGCUCAUGCGUCCGCUCCAUAGAGCAGAACCUGAGUCAGAGGGCAGGUGUGAACUGUGUGCGGGUGUCUCUGGCCGAGGAGAAGGGAACUGUGCUGUACGACCACGACCUCACCAGCCCAGCAGAGCUCAGGGCUGCCAUUGAGGACAUGGGUUUCCAUGCAUCACUGACAGAACCAAGCUGUCCAGCAGGUAGACAGAAGCAGCAGGUGAGCUCAGGGGAAGACGCUGGAGCACAUGGCAGCAGUUCCCAGGCCUGCCCCUCCCCCAGCGAGACAUUCCAGCACGCAACGGUGAACUCCAGCCCUGCUCGACAGGAAGCGGGAACACAGAAGUGCUUCUUUCGAGUUACGGGCAUGACCUGCGCUUCCUGCGUGGCAAACAUAGAGCGGAACCUGCAGAAACAGACAGGGGUAGUCUCUGUGCUUGUGGCCCUGAUGGCAGGCCAGGCUGAGGUCAGGUAUGACCCACAGGUCCUGAACACAGCCGAAAUCGCACAGUUCAUUCGGGCCUUGGGCUUCGGUGCUGAGCUCAUAAAGGAUGCCGCUGUCACAGAUGGGAAGCUGGACCUCGUGGUCACAGGGAUGACCUGCACAUCAUGCGUCCACAGCAUCGAGGCCCGGCUGGCUAGCACAAAGGGGGUUUUAGAGGCUUCUGUUGCCCUGGCAACCAGCAAAGCACACAUCAAGUUUGACCCCGAGGUAGUGGGACCACGGGAUAUCAUCAGGAUUAUUGAGGGUUUGGGUUUCAGUGCUGCUCUCAUGGAGAGAGAGGGGAUCAGUAGCCGCCUAGACCACCAAGAAGAGAUUCGAGAGUGGAGGAACUCAUUCCUGUUCAGCCUGGUGUUCGGGCUUCCAGUAAUGGGCUUGAUGAUCUACAUGAUGGUGAUGGACAGCCAGCACCAGGGGGGGGGGUCCAUGCACCAGGGCCAGAACGUGCUGCCCGGCCUGUCCAUCCUCAACCUGGCCUUCUUCCUGCUCUGCACCCCAGUUCAGAUCUUUGGGGGGCGCUACUUCUAUAUCCAAGCCUACAAAUCUCUAAAACACGGGGUAGCCAAUAUGGACGUGCUGAUCGUGCUGGCCACCUCCAUAGCAUACGCUUACUCCUGCGUCAUGCUCUUGGUGGCCAUGGCCGAGCGAGCGGAGCACAGCCCCGUCACCUUCUUCGACACGCCUCCCAUGCUCUUCGUCUUCAUCGCUCUGGGUCGCUGGCUGGAGCAUGUAGCCAAGAGCAAGACAUCAGAGGCCCUGGCCAAGCUGAUGUCCCUACAGGCCACUGACGCCACAGUGGUGACGCUGGGCACAGACAACUCCAUCCUGAGUGAGGAGCAGGUGUCAGUGGAUCUGGUCCAGAGGGGUGACAUCGUGAAGGUGGUUCCGGGAGGGAAGUUUCCUGUGGAUGGGAAGGUGAUGGAGGGAAGCUCCAUGGCUGACGAGUCGCUCAUUACAGGAGAACCGAUGCCUGUCACCAAAAGGGCAGGCAGCACCGUGAUUGCUGGUUCUGUCAACGCCCACGGCUCCUUGCUGGUGCAGGCCACCCACGUGGGAGCAGACACUACACUCUGCCAGAUUGUGAAGCUGGUGGAAGAGGCACAGACCUCCAAGGCUCCAAUCCAGCAGUUUGCGGACAGGCUGAGUGGGUACUUCAUCCCGUUCAUCGUCGCGGUGUCCGUGCUGACACUCGUGGUCUGGCUGCUCAUCGGCUUUCUGGACUUUGGCGUUGUGAAGAAGUAUUACCCUGGCUUUGACCCCACCAUCUCCCGGACGGACGUGGUGAUCCGCUUCGCCUUCCAGGCCUCGAUCACAGUGCUGUCCAUCGCUUGUCCCUGCUCACUGGGCUUGGCCACGCCUACGGCUGUCAUGGUGGGCACUGGUGUGGGUGCACAGAAUGGCAUCCUCAUCAAGGGAGGGGAGCCGCUGGAGAUGGCCCACAAGAUCCAGGUCGUGAUGUUCGACAAGACGGGCACCAUCACGGAGGGGGCGCCGCGCGUCACGCGUGUGCUGGUGCUGUGGGAGCGCAGGCGGCUGCCGCUGCGGGAGGUGCUGGCUGUGCUGGGCACCGCCGAGGCCAGCAGCGAGCACCCGCUGGGCGUGGCCGUGGCCAAGUACUGCAAGGAGGAACUGAAGACGGAAGCCCUGGGAUACUGCACUGACUUCCAGGCGGUUCCUGGUUGUGGCAUCAGCUGCAAGGUGUCCAACGUGGCGGCAUUGCUGCAGGUCGAGCCCAAGGGGGGCGAAGCCCAGAGCGCGCAGGUGCUGCUGCCAGGCGUCCCUGAGGAUGAGAGCUGCCUGGUCCACAUGGCAGAGCUUCACGCAGCAGGCCCCUCCUCCACCCCCUCCUACUCUGUGCUGAUUGGUAACAGAGAGUGGAUGAGGCGGAACGGCCUACAGGUGACCGCCGAUGUGGAGGACGCAAUGUCCAGUCAUGAGUCCAAAGGACAGACUGCCAUCUUGGUGGCCAUUGAUGGGGUUCUUUGCGCCAUGUUAGCCGUGGCAGACACGGUGAAGGCCGAGUCAGCCUUGGCCAUCCACACCCUGAACAACAUGGGCAUUGAUGUGGUGAUGAUCACCGGGGACAACCGAAAGACAGCCAAAGCCAUCGCCGCUCAGGUGGGCAUCAGGAAAGUAUUCUCUGAGGUCCUGCCCUCCCACAAAGUGGCCAAAGUGAAGGAACUCCAGGAGCGUGGCUGGAAGGUGGCCAUGGUGGGUGAUGGCAUUAACGACUCUCCAGCCCUCGCCCAGGCUGACAUGGGCAUUGCCAUUGGCACGGGCACCGACGUGGCUAUUGAAGCGGCCGACGUCGUGUUGAUCAGGAAUGAUCUACUGGAUGUGGUGGCUAGUAUUGAAUUAUCUAAGAAGACGGUCCAGAGAAUCAGGAUCAACUUUGUGUUUGCUCUGUUCUACAACCUGCUGGGAAUACCCAUAGCAGCAGGCGUCUUCAUGCCCAUCGGCCUGGUACUCCAGCCGUGGAUGGGCUCCGCAGCGAUGGCAGCCUCCUCUGUCUCGGUGGUGCUGUCAUCUCUUCUCCUCAAGCUGUACAAGAAGACGUCUGUGGAGCACUAUGAGAUGCUGGCCCAGGGCCGGAUGAAGACCCUCAGCCCAUCCCAGAUCAGCACGCAUGUGGGCCUGGAUGACCGCUCGCUCUAUUCCCCGCUGUCCCGCCGGUGCUCACCUUGGGGGCACUGGUCCCUGCGGGGCAUCCUGAAGGAGGCCGACCUUGUUGUAUAGGCUUCAGGUGUAGGGGGGGUGGGGCGGAGGGCACUCCAUAAAGGCACUCUGUCAUCCCUCAUUAAAGCCACGUGAACAGCAUUGCUCUGUGUAUGCAGCUGGAGCUCACUGCCUAUUUAACUGUCAGUGCAAAUGCAGUGUCGCACUACACAUCACAAAACAUACGGCCCACCCGCCAACCACCUGGCUAGACGUCUGCCUUCUGCAUCCAGGAGGGUGAUGGAACAGAGUCUCUGUGAUGCUGAGGAUGUUUAUCUCAAAGCCUUCUUUUUGCACCCCUGAAUCCGCUGUACGUCCUAUGCUUUCUCUUCAGACUGUUCUGCAUUAUGACCCUUUGCGCUCCAGGAUGAAGUUUCUUUUCCUUAUGCAAAUUUUUUAAUAAUUACACCAGACUUUUUACAUGCUAAAACAAGACCAGUUAAAAUCUCAAUGGAACAAAAGUACAUUUUUUUUAUCUUCUGAAAAUACUUUGAUGUGAACACUGUUUUCAUGAUGAACAGCUGCCCCUUGGGCACUGACCUGUGAGCACCCAUGCUUAUGAACCCAGUGUUAUCGCUGAAUCUGUCAUUCAAUGCUUAGGCCUUACAGUUUGUUGCUAUCCAGGAGAUGGCUGACAUGAGUAUGUGCAUCAGUCAUCUACUAAUUUCUCUUGACUGGAAGUAAUAAUAUAAUAUGACUGAGUUAUUUCUGCAUAUCAUACAUCCUAAAACUACAACCUUUUAUAGGUGUUUUAUAGGUUAGGACACUGUGGCUCUGAUUGAAAGGUCAUGGGUUCAAAUCUCCUUCUUGUCCGAGUGAGAGGGCUGUUAACCCCAAUUGUCCAGGUACUUGCUGAGUCACUGUGGAUAAAAAUUAAUUGUAAUUUAAAAUAUAUAUAUAUACCUUCCUACAAGA